CGCGCAAGCGCGACUAGCGAGCUGCGUUGAGGGAGAAAGGGAAGGCGCCAUAUUGGGAGGGAUCGUUUUGUUUUCUUUGCGAGAUAUGGAAUAUAACCUACAGUAUUGGUUUGUGAACGUAUAUAGAUACAGGGGGUGCUAACGGAUUUAUUUUUUGUCAUCGUUACAAAUUUUCAACGUCGUUUGCGUAAAUUCUGGUUUAAAAUGUCAGGGGGUGUGAUUCGAGGGCCUGCAGGGAACAACGACUGUCGGAUUUACGUUGGUAAUUUACCCCCCGAUAUUCGCACCAAGGACGUGGAGGAUGUGUUUUAUAAAUAUGGAGCCAUUCGGGAUAUCGACCUUAAAAACAGAAGAGGAGGUCCGCCGUUUGCGUUCGUGGAGUUCGAGGACCCGAGAGAUGCGGAGGAUGCUGUGUAUGGACGAGAUGGCUAUGACUAUGAUGGCUAUCGUCUUCGAGUGGAGUUCCCCAGGAGUGGCAGGGGAGGUGGAAGAGGUGGAGGUGGUGGAGUUGGAGCUCCCAGAGGCAGAUAUGGCCCUCCAUCCAGGCGUUCAGAGUACAGGGUCAUAGUGCCAGGACUUCCUCCUAGUGGCAGCUGGCAGGACCUAAAGGAUCACAUGCGUGAAGCAGGUGAUGUAUGUUAUGCUGACGUUUUCCGAGAUGGCACCGGCGUUGUGGAGUUUGUGCGCAAAGAAGACAUGACCUACGCCGUUCGAAAGCUGGAUAACACUAAGUUCCGGUCACAUGAGGGAGAGACGGCUUACAUUCGCGUAAAGGUGGAUGGCCCACGCAGCCCCAGUUACGGGCGCUCGCGUUCACGCAGCCGCAGCAGGAGUCGCAGCCGGAGCAACAGCCGCAGUCGCAGCUACUCUCCACGCCGCAGCCGAGGAUCACCACGUUACUCGCCCCGCCACAGCCGCUCCCGUUCCCGCACCUAAACACCCACAUCCCAGCUAGCUGGCUGGCCACAAUCAUAUACACACUGUGUCGCCCUCUAUUGGACCCACUGUUGUACUUCAUUGCUCUUUUGACUUUUCUCUCCACUUUCCCGUUUGCUUUCCCUCAUCUUUGGUUUGUUAGUUGUUUUUUAUUAUUUGACUGUCAUUCUGCUAAUGACAGCUAUGUGUAGCUAUGUAGAUGGUCUCCUUUCUCUUCUCUCUUUCCAGUCCUUCCUUUUUUUUUUUUUUUUCUUGUCUGUCCUCUUUCCCAUGACCCUGUUUGUGUCUUUGUCUUGCAUUCUCAUUUUAACUGGAUCUUCAUACUCAUCCCUUGUACUCUAUUUGACAUGUUUGACGAGGGACAUGUUGAAAUGCUUUAAAUAGUUGUAUGUGUGACUAAUUAAUUUGCUACUGUUUUAUUUUGUUAAUGAUGCUUCAUUACUGGCUUUUUUGGAGUGGGAUAAUUUUUUCGUUGGAAAACUUGUUCUACUUCUACCUUUUCAUGUUUUUCUAUAGACAACAGAAGAGCAGGAUUAAAGAAAGCUUUGGAUUAAAGGAUUUUGAAGCACAGUUCAUUCAUAUUAGGAUAUUUGGAGGAGGAGGAGCAGGCAUUUCAUUUAAGGAGGCAAUGGUAUGACGGCAAGCGGCUUUAGUCACCUUCAAAAAGGCAGUUGUUUUUUUACAAACUUCCAGUACUCUGGAUUUUCUUAGUUCAGUAACAUUAGUUUUGCUUUACCAUUCUUCCUCCCUUCACAACACUCCCCUUCCCUGUUUAAUUUACCUUUUCUCACUGGUCAUUGCUGCUAAGCAUGCAUGUGUACUGUCUGGAUGUUGCUUGUGCAUACAUCAAGACAGCAUUUUUUAUUCGUUUUUGGGUGUUUGGUUUUAAAUACAAAAACAUUUUUGCCUGUUGUCUAAAAUGCGUUGGGAUUAGACCACUAUUGAACUCCCAUGUAGAUAUAUCAUUAUAGACAAGAUAGUCUUGCCAUGUGCAGUUGUUCUCAUGUAAAUUGUGUAUUUGUCUUGUUUUUUCUAGGUUAGAUUUGCUUGUUUUUCCAAUGAAUAAGCACAAUUUAAUGUGUUUAGGUGGUGCUCUAAACCUCUUCGAGAGCAUAUCAUAGUCUGGUAUCCUUUUUGUCAUUUACACAGGAGAAAAUAAAUUAAAAAUACCGCUCCUAUGAUCAGUUUUUAGAAGCUUUCAAUAAUAGAAGUUCUUUAUUUAGCUGUGAUUCUAACUUGUUACCUCCCUCUCUUUGAUUUUGCUGGUAUUCAAAGGUUUGGAUUGGAGGAGGGGCUCACUGUGUCCCGAUCCUUGGAGCCGGAUCAGUUCAGGAUCAGGAGCAGGAUUAGGAUUAGGAUAAGGAUGGAUACAAACAUGGAGCGGGAUCAAUUUACCGGGAACGGGAACCAUAGGAGAGGAUCCCAACCCCAGCCCCGCAUCCCCCCCACCAAACCACAGUUAAAGGAUACUUGACGUCAUAAUUGGCUUCUCUAGAACCAAAUUCAUUUUUUCUUUUUUCGUGGAGCCCCAUUGAUGCGCGCAGAAGGGAUCCAGGUGCCUCUUUUAUUUUUGAGAGAUUUGUUUUUUUUGGUAUAAAAGAAGCAGAGCAAGGAACCAGAAGGCUGGAUGGAAUCGGCAUGAGGAGUGUGGUAAAUAGGGGGGAGUUCGUGGGAGGGUGGGAUAAUAGGCACAUAUUCAGGGGAAUGUUGUAGUUUAUUUAGGGUUUCAAAAAAAUAACUCCAGUUAACAUUUGUUGGCAUUUGCUGUGUUGGCAGUUGUGUUUCUUUCUCCCCAAAAUUGGCUAAUUUAUAUUUCUAGAUUGUAGUGUGGUGUUUUUUUCUCUCUUUCACCCUUCUUUAAAUAAAGAUUGAAUGUUCAA